CGGUGAUCGACUUGGUGUCCUAGCGUGUCACAUUAGCCGCCGCUAUCUACUACUCGACGAUCGAUUUUAUUUAGUUACACAAAAAAUGGCGGACCGAACGCCUGGUGGCUCGCAGAAAGCUAGCGCUAAGGCGCUGCUAGAGAGCAAACUGAAGUCUUUCAGUAUUGGCAAGAUGGCAGUGGCAAAGAGGACACUAAGUAAGAAGGAACAAGACGAAAUAAAGAAAAAGGAGGAUGAGCGUGCAGCAGCGGAGAUAUAUGAGGAGUUUCUUGCAGCAUUUGAAGGAGGAGGGGAGGGCAAAGUCAAAGCCUUUGUUCGUGGUGGUGUUGCUAAUGCAACAAAAGAAGAAGCAGCUGCAGAUGAAAAGAAGGGAAAGUUGUACAAGCCCAAGUCACGUUUUGAGAAUCAGACAAAAAGCUUCUUGCCUUUGGAUACCCCGCCACAGUUUUUAGCAAUAGACAAAAGACACACUUUGAAGAAGGGCAAUGAAAAGGAGAAGAAGAAGAGCAACUUGGAGCUCUUCAAAGAAGAACUAAAACAAAUACAAGAGGAAAGGGAUGAAAGACACAAGAUGAAAGGACGCGUUAGUCGUUUUGAACCUCUCUCGGGCAUUGAAGGAAGACGCUCAUCGGAUGGUUCUUCAAGAAGAAACCGUCCGUCCAGUGUUCUGGAUGAUUGUGCACCAGGUUCCCAUGAUGUUGGAGACCCGUCCACUACUAACUUGUAUCUUGGAAACAUCAAUCCACAGAUGAAUGAAGAGAUGCUGUGUCAAGAGUUUGGCCGAUACGGCCCGCUGGCCAGUGUGAAGAUCAUGUGGCCAAGGACGGACGAGGAGAGGGCUCGGGAGAGGAACUGUGGUUUUGUGGCCUUCAUGAACAGGAGGGAUGCUGAGCGAGCACUCAAGAACCUUAAUGGAAAGAUGAUAAUGAACUUUGAGAUGAAAUUAGGAUGGGGCAAAGGUGUGCCCAUUCCACCCCACCCCAUCUACAUCCCUCCUUCCAUGAUGGAGCACACACUCCCACCGCCUCCCUCUGGCCUUCCCUUCAAUGCACAGCCCCGGGAGAGGCUAAAGAACCCCAGCGCUACCAUGCUUCCUCCACCGAAAAACAAGGAGGAAUUUGAGAAGACUCUGUCGCAAGCCAUAGUCAAAGUGGUUAUCCCAACAGAAAGGAAUUUGCUCUCUCUCAUCCACCGAAUGAUCGAGUUUGUGGUGCGUGAAGGCCCAAUGUUUGAAGCCAUGAUCAUGAACAGAGAAAUCAACAAUCCCAUGUACAGGUUUCUAUUUGAGAACCAGAGCCCGGCACAUGUAUACUACCGGUGGAAGCUGUACUCCAUACUACAGGGCGAAGCACCAGUGAAAUGGAGAACUGAUGACUUCAGGAUGUUUAAGAACGGCUCUCUGUGGCGUCCGCCUCCUCUUAAUCCAUACCUCCAUGGUCCUUAUGACGAUGGAGAGGAAGAAGAGGAAGAGGAGGAAGGCAUCAAGAAAGGCAGCUUGAAAGAAGACGAGCGGGACAAACUAGAGGAAAUGCUGCGUGGUCUGACUCCCCGGAGAGGAGACGUCGCAGAAGCCAUGCUGUUCUGUCUCAGCCGCGCCGAUGCUGCUGAAGAGAUAGUAGAGUGUAUCACGGAGUCUCUCUCCAUCCUCAAGACCCCUCUUCCCAAGAAGAUCGCAAGGUUAUAUCUUGUUUCUGACGUGCUGUACAACUCAUCUGCCAAAGUAUCCAACGCCUCUUACUACAGAAAAUUCUUCGAGACAAAACUCUGCCAGAUUUUCGCAGACCUCAAUGCAACAUACAAAUCGAUACAGGGUCACCUUCAGUCUGAGAACUUCAAGCAACGGGUGAUGGCGUGUUUCAGGGCGUGGGAGGACUGGGCUGUGUAUCCCGACCCAUUCCUCAUCAAGCUGCAGAACAUCUUCCUGGGUCUUGUGAAUCUCGCCAUAGAGAAGGAACCCCCUGUCGUCGUCGUCGUCGUGGAGGCGGAGCCGGCAGAGGACAUUGACGGGGCUCCGAUAGGGGAGUAUGUCGACGGCAUGCCACUAGAGGACGUGGAUGGUGUGCCGAUUGACGCUGGGCCUAUCGAUGGGGCUCCUAUCGACGGAGCCCCCCUGGAUGACCUAGACGGUGUUCCUAUCAAACCCAUGGAAGAAGACAUCGAUGGGAUACCUUUUGAUCAGUCCAAGGAAGCCACCUUCAAGGUAGCGCCAUCCAAAUGGGAAGCAGUGGACGAGUCCGACUUAGCAUCUCAAGCUGUGACAACCUCAAAGUGGGAAGCAUUUGAGCAGCCAGAUGAAACAAAAAAAAACGAGGAGGACAGUGAUGAUGAAGACAGGAGCCCUCGCUCGGACGAUAAUCAGAGCUACUCCAAUCCCAUCAGAGAUGAUUCUGAUAUCAAGUCCAAGAUGUCUGAAAUGAAUGAGGAGAAGCGAUCCAAGCUCAGAGAGAUCGAGGUCAAGGUCAUGAAGUUCCAGGACGAGCUUGAGUUGGGGAAAAGACCAAAGAAGCCUGGCCAGAGUAUUCAGGAGCAGGUGGAGCAUUACAGGGACAAACUACUACAAAAGGAAAAAGAAAAGGAGAAACUUGAACGGGAAAAAGAGAGGGAGAAGAAAGAGAAGGAGAAAGCCGAGGCACGGUUAAAAGACUUGAAGAAGGAAAAGGAGAAGGAGGACACGCCGACCAGGAAAGAGAGACGUUUGUCCCCUCCGGUUGACAGGAAGCGGCGCCACAGUGGCUCACCCAGCCCGACGCGAAGCAGCAGCCGACGAGGCCGCUCUUCUUCGCCCCGCUCGGAGCGGUCAGAAAGAUCCGACCGGUCGUUCUCAAAAGAUAUUUCUUCUCGCACUUCCCACAAAGACUCCCCUCGAUCCAGCACCAAAAAGUCCUCCAAGAGAUCUCCCUCGUCACCUCGCACACCCAAGCGAACCAGAAGGUCGCGCUCCAGGACACCCAAGAAAUCCGCUAAGAAGUCCCGCUCCAAAUCAAAGUCUCCUCACCGAUCUCACAAAAAAUCAAAGAAGAGCAAACACUGACACGUCUUUGCCUUCUCCUCCCUUCUCUCCGCCGUGUUGUAUAAAAGAUUGACCGAGUGAUGUGGCAGCUUGAAGAUCUCUGCCCAAACGUUGAUGUAUAGGUAAUGAAGAGUAGGGGGUGUUGCAUGGGUUGCCAUCUGGUGUAUCAAAUGGAUGGGGCCAUUGCUGUUUUAUAUUGUACAAAAAGAUAAUGUGCUUGUGUCCUGAUUCCCAUCCACCCUCCCAGUGGAAUUCAUCCAUGUGGUAGACCACACCCAUACAGUGUGAUGACAAUAGUCUUAUAAUAAUGCUGUCAUUUUCUGUUUUUGUAGUUCACAUUAAAAAGAAUUCCUAAUAAACAAGUUUCAUUUUUA